AAUUUUUAUUAUCGACUGUUGGAACUUUCACCCUGACACAAGAUUUCGUAAAAACCAGCCAAAUGAGAUGAUAAAUAAUUUUUUAUUUUUUAAUUUAAUAUCAGUAUUAUUAAUAUCUUACGUUUUAGAGUCAUCUUUUUUAAAAUUUCCGUUCACUGACGAGUUUACAAAAAAGUAUGGUUCCUUCCCUGAAACGAAACGUCAACAGGCCCUGGAGGAAAGUCGGAGGAUGUUUUACUUUGGUUACGACAACUACAUGAGGCAUGCCUUCCCCAAAGAUGAGUUGGACCCCAUUCACUGCACUGGGCGAGGCCCGGAUUAUGAUAACCCAUCCAACAUAAACAUAAAUGAUGUCCUUGGUGAUUAUGCUCUGACUCUCGUUGAUUCUCUGGACACACUGGCUAUAUUAGGUAAUAAGACAGAAUUUCUGAAGGCUGUGAACCUCAUAAUAACCCAUGUCUCAUUUGAUAAGUCAAACACUGUACAGAUAUUUGAAGCCAACAUCAGGGUACUGGGAGCCUUGCUGUCGGCUCACUUGUUAAUAAUAGACCCUGAUCAACCCUUUGGUGAACUCUACCCACUGCAUCUCUACAACAAUGAACUUUUGAACUUGGCCCAUGACCUUGGAGUCAGAUUACUUUCUGCCUUCGAUCACAGCGCCACUGGUCUGCCACAUCCUAGAGUGAACUUAAGAACAGGUGUGCCUUGCAACUCUCUCAAUGAAACAUGUACUGCAGGGGCUGGAACACUCAGGUUGGAGUUUGGAAUUUUGAGUCACCUGUUGGAUGAUCCAAUCUAUGAUCGAGCUGCUAAGCUGGCUGUCGAGACACUCUGGAGUCUCAGGAGUAAUGUUACUGGUCUCUUUGGGAACGUGGUGAACAUACAGACGGGUCGAUGGGUUGGAACGAUGAGUGGUCUAGGGGCAGGUCUUGACUCCUACUACGAAUAUUUAUUUAAGUCUUUCAUAAUGUUUGGUGACGAGCAAGACCUGCAGAAGUUUAACGAGAUAUAUGAGGCCAUCCGCAUCUACAUGAGGAAAGGUCGCAAGGAUUGCAACUAUGGUUCUGGCUUUCCACCAAUUUAUGUGAACGUCAACAUGAACAACGGCGAACUGGUCAACAAUUGGGUGGACUCCCUGCAGGCCGCAUGGAGUGGCGUGCAGGUUCUCGCCGGAGAUAUAGAGGAAGCCAUUUGCUCGCACGCCUUCUUCUAUGCCAUCUGGAAGAGGUACAACGCACUGCCCGAGAGGUACAACUGGUUGCUGCACGUCGCCGAAGUUCUCUUCUACCCGCUGCGGCCCGAGUUCGUUGAAUCGACGUACCACCUCUACAGGGCCACCAUGAACCCCUUCUAUCUGCACGUCGGCUACGAGAUACUGCAGAGUAUCGAGCAGCAUUGCAAAGUCAAAUGCGGGUACGCCACGAGACAUGACGUCACGAGCAGUGAGAUGGAGGACCGCAUGGAGAGCUUCUUCCUCAGUGAAACCUGUAAAUAUCUUUAUUUGUUGUUCGACGAGAGGAACCCAGUGAACGUGAAAUCAGACGAGUACCUCUUCUCCACUGAGGGACACAUCCUGCCGCUCUUGCCAGAGUUCAGGAAAAAAACUUUCGAAACAGAUUUCCAAUCUUACACCAACUUCCCGCUGAAUCUGUCGACCAUUAAAGUGAAGAGACAACUGAACAUCACUAGGAAGGACAACAGGCAGUCGGAAGAGAGGCGCUACAUGAUGCCCAUCCAGCCGCACUACCUCCAGCAAGUCCAACAGAUGAUUGGUGCUGCUUCCACUGGUCUUUGA